AUGGGCCGUCUCAUCACGGUAGCAGCCGUGGCACUCGGACAAUGGGCCCUCGACUGGGAAGGGAACACUGGCCGAAUCAUCGAGUCUAUCAUCAUUGCAAAGCAGCGCGGAGCAACGCUGCGAGUGGGAUCCGAGCUCGAAGUGCCGGGUUACGGAUGUCUCGACCACUUCAACGAGAUUGACACCUACUCAAACUCGUGGGAUAUGCUUCGUCGCAUUCUGCUCGACAAGAGGUGCUAUGGAAUCAUUAUCGACGUGGGAGCACCCGUUCUGCAUCGCAACCAGAAAUUUAACUGCCGCAUUAUAAUCCUGGAUGGCAAGAUCCUCCUCAUCCGCCCCAAGAUGUUUCUGGCCAACGACGGCAAUUACCGAGAACACCGGCACUUUGUUCCAUGGCUUCAUCCGUGCCAGACUGAGGACUACCACCUGCCUCCUGAGAUCCAAGAGAUUGUCGGUGUAACUCAUGUCCCCUUUGGUGACGCUGUCAUAUCCACGCCCGAUACCUGCCUUGGAGGUGAGUUUGUCGCUUUUGUAUCUCGAAGCCGGGAGGAUCUUUCAAAUGCUAACAAAACGAAUCUACACAGUGGAGGUGAGCAACCCGACCAUAUCUCGUCAAACAUAUCGCCUGGAGAAGCUAACCCCCAAAAGACGUGUGAGGAGCUCUUCACUCCCAAUGCGCCGCAUAUAAACCAGAGUCUCGAUGGUGUCGAGAUUUUCGCCAACAGCUCAGGCUCCCAUUUCUCGCUUCAGAAACUCGACCUGCGCCUGUCCCUCAUUACCGAGGCCACGCGGAAAGCGGGUGGAGUCUAUAUUUAUUCCAACCAGCAAGGCUGUGAUGGCGACCGCCUGUACUACGAUGGCUGCGCCAUGGUUAUAGUGAACGGAAACAUCGUUGCCCAGGGAUCGCAGUUCAGCCUCAGCGACGUCGAGGUGGUCACUGCCACCGUGGACCUGGACGAGGUCAGGGCACACCGCAUGGCGAUGAGCCGUGGCCUGCAGGCUGCCUUGUCGACAGCAAAAUACCAGAGGAUACAGACUGACUUUAGCAUCGGCAAUGACGAGGACGACGCAGAUGUCUCCAUUGCCCCGUCGAAGCCCAUCAAACCUCGGAUCCACACCGUCGAAGAAGAGAUCGCUCUCUGCGCCGGCUGCUACCUCUGGGACUACCUACGCCGCUCUGGCGCCGCUGGUUACCUCGUACCUCUGAGCGGCGGUAUCGAUUCAUGCGCCACAGCAACGAUCGUCUACUCGAUGUGCCGCAUCGUCAUCCAGGCCAUGAAGGACGGCAAUCAGGACGUCAUUGACGACGUGAAACGCAUAGCCAAGUACGACGACAAGCUCCCCGAGACGCCGCAGGAGCUGUGCAGCCAGAUCUUCACGACCAUCUACAUGGGCAUGCGGGAGCAGAGUUCUAGGGAGACGCGGCAGCGCGCCAAGGAUCUCUCCACUGCUAUCGGCUCCUACCAUAUCAACCUCGACAUCGACGAGGUCUUCCAGGCGCAGAAGAACCUCAUCACCAAUGCGAUCGGCUUCACGCCGAGAUUCAAGGUGCAUGGCGGUACUCACCAGGAGAACUUGACUCUCCAGUGCAUUCAGGCGCGCGUCCGCAUGGUCACUGCCUACCAAUUUGGGCAGGUUCUCCCGACUGCGAGAGGUCGUCCCGGUGGCGGCGGCCUGCUUGUUCUGGGAUCCGCCAACGUUGGCGAGUCCCUGGUGGGAUACCUGACCAAGUACGACUGCUCGAGCGCCGACAUCAACCCCAUCGGCAGUAUCGACAAGGACGACCUGAAGCGAUUCAUCGCGUGGGCCGAGACCGAAUUUGAGCUGCCGUGUCUCCGGGAGUUCCUCGAGGCUAUCCCGACGGCGGAGCUUGAGCCUAUUACGCACGACUACGUCCAGUCCGACGAGGCCGACAUGGGCAUGACCUACAAGGAGCUCACCAUCUUCGGCCGGCUCCGAAAGGAGCAGAAGCUCGGCCCCUACGGCAUGUUCCUGCGCCUGGUGCACGACUGGAGCGAGGACCGCGCCGCGCACCCGGGGGGCGGGGACGGGGACGGGGACGGUGCCGGCGGCGACGACGCGCCGCGGAUGACGCCCGCCCAGGUCGCGGAGAAGGUCAAGCUCUUCUUCCACAAGUACUCGGUGGCGCGGCACAAGUCGACGGUGCUCACGCCCGCCCUGCACAGCAACGACUACAGCCCCGAGGACCACCGGCACGACCUGCGGCCGUUCCUGUACCCGCUCAUGUGGAAGUCGUGGAGCUUCAAGAAGAUCGACCGCGAGCUGGCGCGGAUCGAGAAGAGGCAGGCGCUCAAGUUUGGGGAGAAGGAGAAGGGGAAGUAG